AAGAAUGGCAGCUGAAAACUCUUCCAUGACAAAGUUUAUUCUCGCAGGCUUAACCAGCCAGCCAGAACUGCAGAUCCUCCUCUUCUUCCUGUUUCUAGGUUUCUAUGUGGUCACUGUUUUGGGGAACCUGGGCUUGAUAACCCUGAUUGGGCUGAACUCUCACCUGCACACUCCCAUGUACUUCUUCCUCUUCAACCUCUCCUUAAUAGAUUUGUGUUACUCUACUACCAUCACCCCCAAAAUGCUGAUGAGUUUUGUCUCAAAGAAGAACAUCAUCUCCUAUACUGGGUGUGUGACUCAGCUCUUUUUCUUCUGCUUCUUUGUCAUCUCUGAGUCCUUCAUCCUGUCAGCCAUGGCAUAUGACCGCUAUGUCGCCAUCUGUAACCCACUGGUGUACACAGUCACCAUGUCUCCCCAGGUGCGUUUGCUGCUUUUGUCAGGUGUCUAUGGCAUGGGGUUUGCUGGGGCCAUGGCCCAUACAGGAAGCAUAAUGAGUCUGACCUUCUGUGCUGACAACCUUGUCAAUCAUUUCAUGUGUGACAUCCUUCCUCUCCUUGAGCUCUCCUGCAACAGCACUUAUGUGAAUGAGCUGGUGGUCUUUAUUGUUGUGGCCAUUGACAUUGGAAUGCCCAUUGUCACCAUCUUCAUUUCUUAUGCCCUCAUCCUCUGCAGCAUUCUUCACAUUAGUUCUGCUGAGGGCAGGUCCAAAGCCUUCAGCACCUGCAGCUCCCACAUGAUUGUGGUUUCUCUUUUCUUUGGUUCUGGGGCUUUCAUGUAUCUCAAACCACCUUCUGUUUUGCCCCUUGACCAAGGGAAAGUGUCUUCCUUGUUCUAUACCAUUGUGGUGCCCAUGUUAAACCCAUUGAUAUAUAGCUUGAGGAACAAAGAUGUCAAAGUUGCCCUGCGGAAAACCUUGGGCAGAAAAGUAUUUUCUUAAGAAAGGAGUAGUGUUUGAGGAAGACAAUAAAAUG